GCCGGGCGCGGGGGACUCUGCGGAGGGCGGCGCGCGGCCCCGGGCGCGGCGGGAGCGGAGCUGCAGGGCGGCGGCGGGAGCGCGGGGCGCCGGGGAAGUUCGCGCGGGCAGCAUGGGGCGGUGACGCCGCACCGGCCUGGCGAGAGCGGGCGGCGGCGGAGGAGGAUGCGCCCUCACCGACGGCUCCUCCGGGGCCGGGGCCGCGGGUGCCUUGCAGAGCGAGGAGUAGCUUGCUGGCUUUGAACGCGUGGCAGAUAUUUCAGAAAGCUUCAAGAUCAAGCUGGAGAAGGGAAGAGUUAUUCCUCCAUAUUCACCUGCUUCAACUACUAUUCUUACUGGGAAUGGACAAUGGAAUGUUCUCUAGUUUUAUCAUGAUCAAAAACCUCCUUCUCUUUUGUAUUUCCAUGAACUUAUCCAGUCACUUUGGCUUUUCACAGAUGCCAACCAGUUCAGUGAAAGAUGAAACCAAUGACAACAUCACGAUAUUCACCAGGAUCUUGGACGGGCUCCUGGAUGGUUACGACAACAGACUUCGGCCCGGCCUCGGGGAGCGCAUCACUCAGGUGAGGACGGACAUCUACGUCACCAGCUUCGGCCCGGUGUCCGACACGGAAAUGGAGUACACCAUCGACGUGUUUUUCCGGCAAAGCUGGAAAGACGAAAGGCUCCGGUUUAAGGGCCCGAUGCAGCGCCUCCCUCUCAACAACCUCCUCGCCAGCAAGAUCUGGACCCCCGACACGUUCUUCCACAACGGGAAGAAGUCCAUCGCACACAACAUGACCACGCCCAACAAGCUGCUGCGGCUGGAGGACGACGGCACCCUGCUCUACACCAUGCGCUUGACCAUCUCUGCAGAGUGCCCCAUGCAGCUUGAGGACUUCCCAAUGGAUGCGCACGCCUGCCCUCUGAAAUUUGGCAGCUAUGCCUACCCUAACUCUGAAGUCGUCUACGUCUGGACCAACGGCUCCACCAAGUCUGUGGUGGUGGCAGAAGAUGGCUCCAGACUGAACCAGUACCACCUGAUGGGGCAGACGGUGGGCACGGAGAACAUCAGCACCAGCACAGGCGAAUACACAGUCAUGACAGCGCACUUCCACCUGAAAAGGAAGAUUGGCUACUUCGUCAUCCAGACCUACCUUCCCUGCAUCAUGACCGUGAUCUUAUCACAGGUGUCCUUUUGGCUGAACCGGGAGUCAGUCCCAGCCAGGACAGUUUUUGGGGUCACCACGGUGCUCACCAUGACGACCCUCAGCAUCAGCGCCCGGAACUCUCUGCCCAAAGUGGCCUACGCCACCGCCAUGGACUGGUUCAUAGCCGUGUGCUACGCCUUCGUCUUCUCCGCGCUGAUAGAGUUUGCCACAGUCAAUUACUUUACCAAGAGAGGCUGGGCCUGGGAUGGCAAAAAGGCCUUGGAAGCAGCCAAGAUCAAGAAAAAGCGUGAAGUCAUACUAAAUAAGUCAACAAAUGCUUUUACAACUGGGAAGCUGUCUCACCCCCCAAACAUCCCGAAGGAACAGACCCCAGCAGGGACCUCGAAUACAACUUCAGUCUCAGUAAAACCCUCCGAAGAGAAGACUUCUGAAAGCAAAAAGACUUACAACAGUAUCAGCAAAAUCGACAAAAUGUCCCGAAUCGUAUUCCCAGUCUUGUUUGGCACUUUCAACUUGGUUUACUGGGCCACGUAUUUGAAUAGGGAGCCGGUGAUAAAAGGAGCCGCCUCUCCAAAAUAACACGCCACACUCCCAAACUCCAAGACCGCCAUACUUCCAGCGACAUUGUACCAAGGAGAGGCCGUGCCCACCAGGGGGCUCUCCAUAUGUGGGCACUAUCUUUCAGGAAAGUUUUGCAUGUUUAAUAAUAUGUACAAAUAAUAUUGCCUUGAUGUUUCUAUAUGUAACUUCAGAUGUUUCCAAUAUGUCCCAUGGAUAAAUCGAGCAAACAACUUUCUAGAACAACAGGAUAUGGUGGCUAACACUCAGAUGCCCAGUAUCAGACAUUGAUAGUUUACAAACAAGAUAAGUAUAUUUUUAACUGCUUCAAGUGUUACCUAACAACGUUUUUUAUACUUCGUCAUUUCAUACAAAUUUUCCCAGCAAAUAAAUAUUUUAGGAAACUCUCCAUGAUUAUUACUUGACCAACUAUAUUGUGAGAAACAGAGAUCACGAAGAGUACAUUUUUCAUGAUGAGGAAACUUGGACAUUUACAUACAAAAUGAAUUGCCUUUGAUAAUUCUUACUGCUCUGACAUUAGGAAAGUAUUGCAUGAUCUUACAUGAAGAAUAGAAUAGGCAAAUGCUUAUGCAGGCAGAUUAAUAACAGAUACAUCACAUGUUAGAUACACAAAUGAAAUAUUUCCCUGGGGAAAAAAUUAACUGAAUUAACUGCUUAAAUUUUGGGGGAGGGAAAAGAAACAUUUCUUACGCCACCCCACACCACCCACUAACUGAACAAUAGCCAAGGAAGGAAAAGAGAUGUUAAAACAGUGUUUUGAUGACAUUCUCCUCACCCGGCCCAUGUGAGUGCUGUCUCUGAGACGCUGACCACCUCUCCCUGCAGCCCGCGUGUAGUGCUUCGGUGGUGAGAAAUUGUAAUUGAGUUAUUUUCCAUUUUGUUUCCUUGUAUGUAUUUCAUGACUGGACGUACUGCUCUGUUAGCUUUUGUAUAUGAAUCUUAAAUGUUCAUUACAAAAUAAAAAAUGAACCGAU